UCUUCUCGCUAGUUAUACACAAAGCUUGAACUUCACGCUCUCUCUCUCUCUCUCUUGCCUGCCUGUGUUUUUCACGACACAGACAGAAAUUACACACUCCUUCAAAGUUACUGUUACGUCCGCAUAAAGGGAAACCAAAUACCGAAGAAAGCAAUCAAAAGUUUCCAAGCAGCUCUCAGUCCCCACAAAUGAGUUUACUCUCACUCCAACUUCCACCCAUCAAAAUCCCCAUCUCUUUCUAGACGCAAGCCACUUCUCUCUCUCUCUCACAGACGAAGACACAAACACCGACCACCAUGUAUCUGUCCGAGAAGCCCCGUCCCAUCGAUUUCUACAAGGAGGAAAGCACCCGCGACAUGAUGAUCGAGGUCGUCUCCAAUGGCGACCUGCCACCUCAUCACCACCCUCACCCGCACCACCAGCAGAUGAUCCUUGGCGAUAGCAGCGGCGGCGACGAGGACCAUGAGGUCGAGGUCAAGGCCCCCAAGAAGCGCGCCGAGACCUGGGUCCAGGACGAGACCCGUAGCCUAAUCGCUCUUCGCCGAGAGAUGGACGGGUUGUUUAACACCUCCAAGUCUAACAAGCAUUUGUGGGAGCAGAUUUCCUCGAAGAUGAGGGAAAAGGGUUUCGAUCGUUCCCCGACAAUGUGCACCGAUAAGUGGAGGAACUUGCUGAAGGAAUUUAAGAAGGCUAAGCAUCAAGAUAGGGGGAGUGGGUCGGCCAAGAUGUCGUAUUACAAGGAAAUUGAGGAGAUUUUAAGAGAGAGGAGUAAGAAUGCGCAGUACAAGAGCCCCACGCCGCCUAAAGUUGAUACUUAUAUGCAAUUCUCGGAUAAAGGGAUUGAGGAUGCCAGCAUUUCUUUUGGACCUGUGGAAGUUCUUCCGUGUGCAGCCACUGGCAGGCCAACACUCAAUCUUGAGAGACGUUUGGAUCAUGAUGGACAUCCUCUUGCCAUUACCACUGCUGAUGCAGUUGCAGCAGCUGCAACUGGAGUUCCUCCAUGGAAUUGGAGAGAGACCCCUGGAAAUGGUGGGGAGAGUCAGUCAUAUUGUGGAAGGGUCAUAUCAGUCAAGUGGGGGGAUUACACUAGAAGAAUUGGUAUUGAUGGCACUGCAGAAGCCAUCAAGGAGGCAAUUAAAUGUGCUUUUAGGUUAAGAACUAAACGCUCCUUUUGGUUGGAGGAUGAGGACCAGAUAGUCCGAAGCCUUGACCGGGAUAUGCCUUUGGGGAAUUAUAUGCUUCAUCUUGAUGAAGGAUUGGCAAUAAAAGUGUGCCUUUAUGACGAGUCUGAUCACAUACCAGUGCACACUGAAGAGAAAAUUUUUUACACUGAAGAUGAUUACCGUAGUUUUCUGUCCCACCGGGGCUGGUCAUGUCUGAGGGAGUUUGAUGGUUAUAGAAACAUCGAUAAUAUGGACGAUCUUCGGCCUGGUGCAAUAUACCGUGGCAUGAGUUGAAGACAGGUACAUCAUCAUCGUCAAUGGGAUUUCGUUAUUCUGUUUCAAUCUUGAUAUAGGUUUGUCACUGGUUCGAAACAGUAUUGCUCAGUUGUGUAUAGUGUUAUUCCCCCCACUUUUAUUUGCUUCAAUGCAUUGGAGGGAAUUUGUUGUGCUGUUUCUUGAUACAAGCGCUGUACUGAUCAAGAACAAUGUUGCUCAAUAUGCAUGUUCAUAGGACAUGGAAAAGCCCAUUACACAAAUUCAGAUAAUCUGUAAAUAUUUAUUUCCAUUGACAGUAGAGUAAUUUCCAUGUCUUUAAUAUUCGAACCUA